CAUGAAACACACCUAGAUAAUUACUUCAGCUUACUUUUGAUCAACACACCUUAUUUCCGAAAGGAAUCCAUUCAGGAAACUUUAUUCGGAAUAUAAUCAAUAUGGCUACAGCUGGAUGGUCAACAGUUACAAGCGAAAACACCAACUUUGCUCGAUUAUGUAAAUUACUCAUCGAUGGAGGAACUCAUGCCCUUAGAGUGAUUUUUGAUGCCAAACAUCCACCUCACGAUCUAARGAAACAUUUGAUGGACAGCAGGAUUCAUAAUAUCUUAAAGAAUUUGAAGGCUAGAAAACUUCUACGACCAGAGCAGUGGAACAGACUGUAUCCAAGUGUAGGAAUCGCAACAUCUGCAGGUUUUGACAUAACUCUUUUAAGUUUUCUGUUGCGCAAUAUCUGCAAUUUGCCAGCACCUGCCAAUGGAUGGGACAAGGAGCCUGCAGCAACAAGUGUUAACGUGGAAGACGAUGUAGUAAGGUUGAGAUUAUAUCGUAACGAACUGGGCCACAUCUCUGAACCAGCUCUAUCAGACGUUGAUUUCAACAAAUACUGGAACGACAUUGAAACUGUUUUGUUAAGACAUGGUGUAGACAAGGCAGACAUUGAUAGUCUUAAGACACAAUCCUUCGAACCAGAAGAUGAAGACUACUACAUCAAAUGCUUUAAAGAAUGGAUCACUGAUGAGGCUGAUAGAGUAAUCCAUGAAGUGAAGGAAUCAGUGAAGGAAUCAGAAAAGAGAGUGCUGGAUGAAUUUGACAGCGUAAAGGACAAGCUGGAACAACUAAAACCGGAGCCAUCAAAACCGGCUACACCUGAAGGUAUGACAAAACAUCGAAUAGAUUAUAGUAGAACCACAGCUAGUCAAUACAUAAUGUGUAAAUUACUCAUCGAUGGAGGAACUCAUGCCCUUAGAGUGAUUUUUGAUGCCAAACAUCCACCUCACGAUCUAAGGAAACAUUUGAUGGACAGCAGGAUUCAUAACAUCUUAAAGAAUUUGAGGGCUAAAAGACAUCUACGACCAGAGCAGUGGAACAGACUGUAUCCAAGCGUAGGAAUCGCAACAUCUGCAGGAUUUGACAUAACUCUUUUAAGUUURCUGCUGCGCAAUAUCUGCAACUUGCCAACACCUGCCAAUGGAUGGGACAAGGAGCCUGCAGCAACAAGUGUUAACGUGGAAGACGAUGUAGUAAGGUUGAGAUUAUAUCGUAACAAACUGGGCCACAUCUCUGAGCCAGCUCUAUCAGACGCUGAUUUCAACAAGUACUGGAACGACAUUGAAACUGUUUUGUUAAGACAUGGUGUAAACAAGACAGCCAUUGAUAGUCUUAAGACACAAUCCUUCGAACCAGAAGAUGAAGACUACUACAUCAAAUGCUUAAAAGAAUGGAUCACUGAUGAGGCUGAUAGAGUAAUUCAUGAAGUAAAGGAAUCAGUAACGGAAUCAGAAAAGAGAUUGCUGGAAAAAGUUGAUAACGUAGAGCAGAAGGUAGACCAACUAAGUCCAGAGCGACCUUCAAGUCGACCCGCAAAAUCUAAAGAUGUGCAACUUUACAGCGAAAAACUAAAGGAAGCAAUAAUAACCCAAACCAACGAUCUACAACCAAAAGGAAUGAUCCAUGCACCAAUGAAGACCGACGAUAUUUUCACCAAUGUGGUUGUUCACCACGGAAAGGAAAGAUGUCCAGAACAAAUUCAAAGCGGACAGCACCCUGUAGGUCGUACAACGCUGACCGAAAUCAAGCACUGCAGUGAAAUUUUUGUUCACAAAGAUGAAAACCUGACUUUCCUACAAACUUUACGAGCAAAAAUUCGAAAGCUCAGAAAAGAGAAUCCUAAGAGAAUAAUAGUUUCUGGGGAACCAGGAAUAGGAAAGACCUUGUUUUCGCAGAAACUUGUUAGAGAUUUGGCCAAGAAUUCCAUAUCAAUCCCUGACGCCAAGUACACUUACCUGAUUCCCUUCAGAUUAUUAAACUCACUUGACAAAGAACUCAGCCUCCAAGAGCUGCUUAAUCUCUCCCCUUUGCUCAACGAAGCCACAAUGAUAGACGACGCGCUAAUGGAAUAUUUCUCUCAGCAUUCAGAGAAAUUAUUGAUUGUCCUCGAUGGCUUUGACGAAUAUAAAAAUCGCGACAAAAUACCCACAGAUGAUGAAGGACCCAAUGAUAGUAAAGCCAAGAUGCCAGUAACAGCCCUUGUCAGCAAACUAAUCCAAAAAAAGAUCUUGAGUAAUGCAGUGAUCACGGUAACCUCAAGACCGGGCGAAGCCGACGAGCUGAACCAAAAAAUCCACUUUGAUCGCUAUGUGGAAAUUUCAGGAUUCUCAGAACAACAGGUUAUUGAAUUUGUUGAGAAAUAUUUUAGUGCAAAACCAGAAGAAGUAAAAACCAUGGCACUUAGCAAGGUUAAAGAAAGCGCGCACUACAUUUCAUUUGGUCGCGUUCCUUUCCGUUGUUUGUUGAUGUGUGUGUUCAUCGAGUGGAAAAUCAAAAAACACGAUAAUUCAUGUCCUCUCACACUUACAGAGUUUUAUUUUCAAGUAAUUCAAUGUAUAGAAAUGAAUUACAACAGAGCAAUACUUAGUUUGGAUGACAAAGUCGCUUCGUUGGCUGUUGACAAAACGCUCGAUAAUUUUUCAAAAUUAGCGGCACUUUUAGCCGAACAAAAGAGAUUUAGUUUUACCUUACAAGACUUAGAAAACCUAAAAUUAUCCAAAAAUGAAUUAUUGUACAUGAAAUCUAGUAAUCUUAUAUUUUGUUAUCCUGUUUCAAGUAAUAAUUUGCCAUUUCAAAAGCCAACCUGUGAAUAUAGCUUCACGCACUUGACCAUUCAAGAGUUUUUUGUUGCUCGGUAUUUGGUGAAGAAAGGUGUAAUGGCGGCACAAGAAAGCACUGAAAUGGUGUACACAUUCAUGAGCGGUUUGUUAGGUUUAAAUGAUAAUAAUGAAAUAAUGCUAGAACUACUAGAGUGUCUAGGUAAACAUAUUGAAAAUGAAUACAGACUAAGACUGGUUUCAUUGCGAUGCCUGCACGAGUUUGGUCAAGACAAACGCUUAACAAGACAAGAACUAAAUACAAACCGUGACUACAGAUACUGGUCUAGUCGUGGGGUGAUUGUAUUAUAUGAUGUAACCGACACGGACUGUGAUGCACUCGCUAUGUUAGUAGAAUCCACUGCUACAUCAAUAUCAUCACCACCAUACAGAUUGUACAUUGGUUCCUCACCGAUAACCAUUACUGGGAUAAAGAGAUUGAUGUCAUCUCUCGCUCACACAAACUGUUCAUUCACUGUACUGGGGCUGGAGUGGAGUGAUUUGAAUGAUGAACACGUAAAGUGUUUGUGUAAAGAUUUACAAAAGACAAAAAUAACCGAGCUAUACCUGUAUGGUAAUAAGAUAACUGAUGGUGGAGUGGAUGACAUCAUGAAACACUUACCAAGUAAUCUCACCGUGCUAGACCUGUCUGCUAAUUACAUAUCUGCUGNAGACUGGGUCCUACUAUUCAGUCCAAAUGCCAACUUCAAACGUGCAGUCACAGGGAGCCCAAUCAAUGACUUUGACUCUAUAAUAGUUAAAAAUAAAAUUUUACUUGGGUCAUGGGAAAUGGAGUCAAAGAUUUGCGUCCACCGCCCGCAUGGUCCGAGAGAUGCCGCAUAA